AUGGCGCGCCAGUCCCAAACCCGCUCCACGCGGGAAAGGGCAUCUCGUGGCCGCCGGCUCAAUGAGAGGACACGAGAGGAGCGAACCCGGGAUGCUUACAACGAGAUGCUUGUCGAGGCUGAAUCUCGAGAUCCUGCCCAGUUCCAGGAAGACCGGCCGAUCAAACGACGCCGAGUGAAUGAGAUGAAAAUUAUUACCCCAGAUUCUGCAUUCCCGAACGAUCCAGAUGAGAUGUCGCAGGAUGAAUCUACACAGCAAGUCCAGACAGUAUAUGAUUCAGGCAGCUCAGAUGAAUCAGAUGUCGAGUGGGAAGACGUCGACAUUCCACAACCUAUACUAGGGCCAUCCAGUGCAUCCUUGGCGGUACAGGGAAACGAUGAACCUUUGGAGAUAACACUGGGACAAGAGCCUCAACCCAGGAAGAAUGCUAUUCAAAAGAGAAAACCCAUCACAGCCGCCGAGAAAAAGAUACGACUGGACACUCACAAAUCCCACCUUCUGUGCCUUUUAGGCCAUGUUAGUUUGAGGAACCGAUGGUGUAACGAUAAUGAAAUUCAUAAAUUUCUGAAAAGGAUGCUCCCCAAAAGGACCUUGACACUUCUCAAUCCAGACGAAAGCAAGCCACAAUUUUCCAGAUCCACAACCUUUAUCGAUGGUCUCAACCAGGCAGCAGAUAUCUUCAGUCGAAAAUUUCGCAUCACUAGGCCAGGGUUAAAGCGCGCACACUGGGCAGAGGGCCAAGAACAGCUGAAGCAAAAAGUGGAAUCUAUCAUGUCCAAUGCCGAGGUAUUUUUGUCAAGGGAGGACUUUAUAUCACAAGCCAAAAUGAUGCAGGGUUCGCGGGAUUUCGGUGCGCAAUUAUUUUGUGCGUUACUGCGCUCAGUUGCAAUAGAAUCAAGGCUCGUGUGUUCACUACAGGCGCUUCCAUUCUCCGGAACGGUCAAGGAUAUGACACCGUCCAAAAAAGGUCCCGAAUACAUCGUUGUCUCUUCUGAUGACCAUGAAACGUCUACAGACGAGCGGAAGAUAGCCACGGCCUCUCCAUCUGCCUCAAGAGUGCGGCGUCUUGGUCGCCCUGAGUUUAAACCGCGCCCUAUUCAGCCUUCGGCGCGUCUAGGCCCUAGCCCGACACCUCGAGAGUCCUCUUAUCCGGUGUUUUGGGUUGAAGCAUUUAAUGAGGCGAUGCAAAAAUGGGUUUCAGUCGACCCCAUCGUGACAAAAACGCUGGGGAAGCCGUUCAAAUUUGAACCACCGGCAAGUGAUCCAUAUAACAUGAUGAACUACGUGGUUGGCUUUGAGGACGAUGCCUCCGCGAGAGACAUUACGAGGCGCUAUACGAAGGCUUACAAUGCAAAAACGCGGAAGUUGCGAGUGGAGUCAACUCGUCAUGGGGAAAAGUGGUGGGAGCAUGCAUUGAAAGCAUACGAAAGACCUUUCUUCGAAGAUCGAGACGAGUUGGAGAUCAGCGAGUUGACCUCGAAGUCUGCGGCUGAACCUAUGCCACGAAACAUCCUAGAUUUCAAGGACCAUCCCGUCUAUGCACUUGAACGCCAUCUACGCCGCAACGAGGUGAUAUUCCCCAAACGCGUCAUUGGAAGCGUUGGAUUGAGCAAGAGUGGCGCGAACAGCGAUACCUUGGACUCAAUCUAUCGUCGUUCGGACGUGCAUACGGUACGCAGCGCAGACAAAUGGUAUCGCAUGGGAAGGGACGUGAAAGUGGGCGAGCAACCUCUCAAGCGUGUCAAUGCAAUAAGACCCAAAGGCGGGGCGACUAGCGACGACGAGACAGAUGAACCAGAGCAAACGGCACUUUAUGCAGAGUACCAAACUCACACAUACCACCCUCCACCUGUGGUCCAAGGGAGAAUACCAAAAAACAGCUAUGGCAACUUGGAUGUAUACGUUCCUAGCAUGGUACCUCCUGGGGGACUUCACAUCAAGCAGCCGGAAGCUGCUCGAGCUGCUCGUCUUCUUGGAAUCGACUAUGCGGAUGCCGUUACUGGAUUCGACUUCAAAGGACGUCGGGGAACAGCAGUAUUUGGGGGAAUUGUGAUUGCCACCGAGUAUCAAGAAGCGCUUGCAGAAGUGCUGAGAGGCUUCGCAGAUGACAGGCAGGAGGCCCUCUUUGAAGCAAGAAGUGCCGAAGCCUUGCGACUUUGGCGAUUAUUCUUGAUCAAGCUUAGGAUUGCGGAGAGAGUCAAGGGCUAUGCAGACGAGGAUGAAGAAGGACCAGAACCACAGUCGCCGAGUAUGAGCAUCGACGAAGACGACGCCGGUGGAGGAUUCUUCCCUGAUCCUGACCAGCCAAAACAGCUUCCCCCUCAAGACUCUAUCACGUCUGAAUCAAGAACUGAUACGAUGUCGCAUGCUGUGAAUGAAUCUAGCCAUGAAGACGAUACUCUAGGCGGUGGAUUUGUUCCCGAUGAAGCCCCGACUGAAGGUGCUGCAGAUACAUUUGUCCAUCAGAAUGAAGAUUACGGCGGCGGUUUUGUCACUGAUGGCCUUCAAGAUGAUGGCUUCGCUGUGAUACCCUCAACGGCCACAAAUUCGUUGACAAGUCUAGAGAAGGCAAAGAGGCGCGGCAUUCCAAAUGCCUCAAGAUACGAACUAGUUGUGGUUGCGAAUCAUAACCCCCAAGGACUUGAGGGAUCAUCUGAGAAAGCUGCCAUUGCUGUUGACUCUUCGACGAAUCGUGACUCCAAGUCCGCCAGCGUGGAACUUAUUUCCAGGCCACCUUCUCCACCUGCAAUUGAGCCCAAGCCAUUGUCACCAGUAGAAUCGGAUAGCGAGAUCGAGAAGGGUUCUCUAUUAUCAGAGGAUCCUGAGGAUGAGGAUGCAGUUCCAGAUUGGCUCAUGUUUGAUUAG